AUGAGGCAGCUGGGGGCGAAGAAGGGCAGGUUCAAGCGGGAUGAGCUGCCGGCGGACGACGGAGGGGGCGCCGCUGGGGACGUCGGCCUUGGUGAGGAUGAGAAGAAGAGGAGGCUGCCGUAUGGGUUUUCCUCCACGUCUUCUUCUUCGUCUUCGUCUUCGUCUGCGUCUUCUUCGGUGGCGGCGGUGGCGUCGACUGCGGCGGCCGCGGCGGCCGCCAUGGUGCGAAGGGGAGCGGGGUCCGGCGGCGCCGCCGGUGGCCUCUCGCUGCCGUACUGUCAGGCCGAGCGGUGCACCGCCGAUCUCACGGAGGCAAAGCGCUACCACCGCAGGCACAAGGUCUGUGAAGCCCACUCCAAGGCCGCCGUCGUCCUCGUCGCCGGCCUCCGCCAGCGCUUCUGCCAGCAAUGCAGCAGGUACCCACCUCCUUCUCCUACCCACCUUCAUGAUCACCGGCAACCUCGAGCUUGAAGAAAACUAUCACCAUUCACUUCUGGCGAUCUCCGCCAACGUUUGGGGGGCUUCCUGCACAGGUUCCACGAGCUCUCCGAGUUCGACGAAGCAAAGCGGAGCUGCCGCCGGCGACUGGCGGGGCACAACGAACGGCGGCGGAAGAGUUCGUCGGAAUCUCAGGGCGAAGGCUCCGGCCAUUGCCGGCAGGUUGACCAGAGCGGGAGGAUGCCCAUCGCCACUCUCCCCGCGAACCCCGCCUUCAAGCAUUUCCAUAUCAGAUAA